CAAAUGUUAUCUAAAUCCUUACAAAAAUUGAAUAUUUUAAUUUUUUAUUUAAAAUUAAUUUGCAGUUUUUUUUUAUUUUAAAAUAACUAAUUAGUUAACCAGUGUCUGAAUAAUUUUACUAUAACAGGUAAAAAUGAAUUCUCAUAGCACAAUAUGUAUUAUUUUACUAAAACUAAUAAUUUUUAAUGUUAUAACUGUUUAUACAAAUGACCAAACACGUAUAACUAUUGACGUUUUGAAUAAACUCAUUAAAAAAUAUCCUGCAUUUAUACAGUUGAGAUUACAAGAACAAGAUUAUUACACAGGAAAAGAUAUAGCUCGUUGUCCUAUGCCUUACAACGAAAAUACGAUAUUAGACGAUCCCGAUGUUGUGUCUUCUGAAUUAUUCAACCCAAGGGAAUGUGAAAAACCUUGGACAUGGACGCGACAAAAUGAAAUAGAAGUUUCUGUACCUAUUAAUGGUACCGUUGGUAAAAGAUUAGGAGAUAUUAUUCGACCGUGUCUUAAAAACAAUACUAAUAUUAUCCAAUGUUAUACUCAUUACCUGAAUGUAAUUGAAAGCGUUGGAUUAACAUUAAUAGACAGAUUUUGUUUAUUUUUACUUGAAGCUUAUAAAAGACUUCAACAAUUAAGGUAUAAUAUAGAUUAUAAUAAUAAUUAUAGUUUGUUUAAUAUUACAGCUAAUUUUACAGCAUUAACCACAAUUUUCAAAAAUGUUGAGAUGCUUUUAUAUAAUAUGUUAUCCGCAUUUAAACGUUACUAUAUUUCUACUCUACCUCUUGACUGUGUUAAAAAUAUCCUGGAUAAGAUGAUAUUAUAUUUUCGUCAAGACCAGAGAAAGAGCGAUGCAAUUGAAAAACAUGCAUUAAACUGUCGGGAGUUAAUGAAAUCAAAGAGAAAUUAUGCUGUUUUAGACAGUGAUCCAGACUGGAAAUGGGAUUAUACAUCGGAUUACAAACCUGAUAAUACAUCAUUAAUUCUCACACAAUUAGAAAAUAAUCAAAUAGGAUUAAUACAUUUUCCCUUUUAUAAUAGAAGUAAUUUUUGAAAAUAAAAAUUUAUUUUGUAUAUCAAUGAUUACUAAAUUUGUAAUAGCCAUUAUUUAAGCACAUUUCUUACAAACAAUUUUGAUGGGUCGAUUAUAAUUUUAUCAUGAAUAAAAAUUAUUGAGAUACAAGCACAAUUAAUGUCCAAUCCCAAUUAGUUGAUUGGGUUGGGUUGGGCAUAGUCGAAGAAUUGGCUAUUUUAAAAUUAGAAAAUAAAAUUUAUUAUUAUUAAAAACAAAAAUUUACCUUUAUUCAUUAUACUCUUUAAAUGUGAUUUUAUUGUAUUUUUAAACGAAAUGUAUAAAUUAUAAAAAAAACGAAUACAACGAAAUUUUUUUUGUAUAAAAAUUUAUAGUAAUUAUUAGUUAGAUCUGUUUCCUUCUG